GAGAGAGAAGAAGAAGAAGAAAAAGAAACGUAUUCUAUUACCGUAGAGAGAGAGAGAGAGAGAGAGAGAGAGAGAGAGAGGAAUGGGGUCGGUCUGUUCAACCACAGCAAAGCAAAGAGCAGAGAGCUAAAAGGACUUUUAUAACUCUCUCUCCCUCUCUCUCUCUCUCUCUCUCUCUCUCAACAUUUCCGAUACACACCGACACUGAGGGGGAAGCAGCUAAGCUAGGCAAAAAGAUGUAUGGAGAUUGCCAAGUACUGUCAUCCAUGGGAGUGGGGAAUGGAGGAGUAGGAGUGUCAACAGACUCCAUGUUUUCGUCGCCGAUCCAAAACCCUAGUUUCAACUUCAUGCCAAAUAUCCCUUACCACACUUUUUCUCCCCUCAUUCCGAAAGAAGAAGGAGGGGGGAAUGGGAUGACAAUGAUGAGAGGUGGGAAAGAGGAGAUGGAUCAGAUGAGUACUGGAUCGGGGAGUGAACACAUGGAAGGGCUAUCUGGUAACGAACAAGAGACCGAUCAGCAGCAGCAGCAGCCACCUACUAAGAAGAAACGCUACCAUAGGCACACUGCUCGCCAGAUCCAAGAAAUGGAAGCGAUGUUUAAGGAAUGUCCACACCCGGAUGACAAGCAGAGGAUGAAACUGAGCCAAGAUCUUGGCCUCAAGCCCCGCCAAGUCAAGUUCUGGUUCCAAAACCGCCGUACCCAGAUGAAGGCACAGCAAGACAGGCAAGAUAACGUGGUACUUAGGCAGGAGAAUGAUAAUCUGAAGACUGAGAAUUACCGGCUGCAAGCGGCGCUUCGGAGUAUAAUGUGCCCUAACUGUGGUGGUCCGGCGAUGUUGGGGGACAUGGCUUAUGAUGAGCAGCAACUCCGUCUCGAAAAUGCUAGGCUCAAAGACGAGUUCGAACGAGUAUGUUGUCUCGCUUCGAGAUACAGUGGACGUCCAAUCCAAGCAAUGGGAGAAGCUCCCCCGCUUCUCCCACCUUCCCUGGACUUGGACAUGAGCGUCUACCCAAGGCAUUUCGAUGACGACUCCAUGCCCAGUUGCAAUGAAUUGAUUCCCCUUCCUUUCAUGCCGGAAAACUCCCACUUCCCCAGCAGUGGCGACCUGAUCAUGGAAGAAGAGAAACCGCUGGCAUUGGAUCUUGCCAUGUCGUCCAUGGACGAGAUAGUGAAGCUGUGCCAGACAGACGAGCCGCUUUGGAUGCAGAGUAAUGGAAAACAAGUGCUUAACUUUGAAGAGCACGCGAGGAUUUUUCAAUGGUCCAUGAACGUUAAGCCGAACACGGCCAGUGAGUUCCGGUUGGAAGCCUCCCGCGACGCUGCUGUUGUGAUUAUGAACAGUAUUACUCUUGUUGAUGCUUUCCUAGAUGCAAACAAAUGGGUAGAGCUGUUCCCUUCCAUAAUCUCAAGAGCCAAAACUCUUCAAAUAAUAACAUCUGGGGUCUCUGGACAUGCGAGUGGCUCCCUCCAUCUAAUGUAUGCAGAAUUGCAGACUCUUUCUCCGUUGGUGCCGACGAGAGAGGCUCAUUUCUUUCGGUACUGCCAACAGAACGUAGAGGAGGGUAGUUGGGCAAUUGUUGAUUUUCCAUUAGAAAGCUUGAAUGAGCAUUUUGAAGGAACUUCAUUCCCAAGAUAUAAGAGAAGGCCCUCUGGUUGCAUCAUCCAAGACAUGCCCAAUGGCUACUCAAGGGUAACGUGGGUAGAAAAUGCAGAGGUGGAGGAUAAAACAGUUCAUCAGAUAUUCGAUCAAUUUGUGGAAAGUGGAAUGGCGUUUGGAGCUCAACGCUGGCUGGCAGUAUUGCAGAGACAAUGCGAGAGGCUUGCAAGCCUCAUGGCCAGAAACAUAUCUGAUCUUGGAGUGAUACCGUCACCGGAAGCGAGGAAGAACUUGAUGAAUCUUGCUCAGAGGAUGAUAAGGAGUUUCAGCUUGAGCAUAAGCACUUCCUGCGGCCAGUCAUGGACCGCACUUUCGGAUUCGGCCGACGACACUGUCCGAAUCACCACCAGAAAGAUCACGGAGCCCGGCCAGCCGAGUGGGCUCAUCCUCAGUGCUGUGUCCACCACUUGGCUCCCCCACCCUCACUACCAGGUUUUUGAUCUCUUGAGGGAUGAACGCCGCAGAGCUCAGCUUGAUGUGCUUUCGAAUGGAAAUUCAUUGCAUGAAGUGGCACAUAUUGCAAAUGGUUCUCAUCCAGGGAACUGCAUUUCUCUUCUUCGCAUUAAUGUGGCAAGCAACUCAUCCCAGAACGUAGAACUGAUGUUACAAGAGAGCUGCACCGACCAGUCCGGUAGCAUCGUGGUGUACGCCACCGUCAACGUCGACGCCAUUCAACUAGCCAUGAACACCGACGACCCUUCCUCCAUCCCUCUCCUUCCCUUGGGUUUCGUCAUUACUCCCCUUCCCCCACCCCCCACCGCGGCUAACAACAACGACGAAGUUAACCCUAUCCCUGCUUCUUGCGACGACAACGGGAACUUGCCCCACUCCGGCUGCCUGGUCACUGUCGGACUCCAAGUUCUUGCCAGCACAAUUCCGACCGCGAAGCUCAACCUUUCCAGCGUUACUGCCAUUAACAAUCUUCUUUGCAACACCGUGCACCAAAUCAACGACGCCCUUAUUGGGGGUGGUGGUAGUGGCGGCGGCGACAGUGGCAGUGGUGGUCGUCCUGAUGAUGGAGGCAUUGCCGGCUCACCAGAGGAGCCGGCAGCCGCUGCACCACCUGAUCAAACAGAUUAGGUAUUCACAUCAUAGUUACCCAAAAGCUCCACCUUCUCUUUCCUUGUCCUCAACCAAGGGUAUUUUGGUCAUCCGCUCACAUGCCAUUAGUUUUCCCCCCAGUAAGGUGUUGCUAAAUACACCCUUCAAAAUUCCCUACACACCCACUCGUGUAAAGCUAUAAUCAAGGUGGGUGUGGAAAGGAAUUUUGAGGGUGUAUUUAGCAACACCUUUGCAUUUUGACCCUAUCACAAGGGUAUAUGUCCCUGUCCCUUCAUGUUUUUGCUGUCCUUUUUUUUUUUGGUGGAAAGAGAUUGGGGUGUUUUGGGUAACUAUGUAAGGGGAGAAAACUGUGAGGUUAGCAUGGUAAAUUCGGGUAAUGGUAGUAGUUUUUUUUUUUGGAAAAUAAAGAGAAGGGACAUUAAUGUAAUGAAGGUGAAGUAGGUGGUUGGUCUGGUUAAUUGCUUUUGGUAGAUGAGAGAGAGGGAAAUUGUGUGGGGAAGUCAAGAGCGCACCAGACGUGAUCCUUGCUCUGCAUGCCUGGGUGGAAGCUAAUAUGCGCUGGGUGCACGUGUUAGAUUCGAAACCAGUCAGUAGCAAGGGUGGUGGUUCGGGAAUUGACUUCUGCUUUUAUUUGUUGGUCUUUCCUUUGUUCUCAUGAAUUUCUGGACGUUGACUUUCAUGAAGUCUUUUUACUUUUUGCUCA